AGUGUUAAAGUCAGUGCGCCAUUGAGUGCGGUGCGGGCGUCAUUCAAGCCUAAAAUAAGUUAGAAAAGUCACAUAGUAGUGACAUUUAAGUUAAGUGACUGAUAAGUAGUGUUUUCACACAACACAAGAUGGCGUUUCGGUGCGUAGGAGUCGUUCUUCUAUGUUUAGUAGUAUUAGCAUCAUCAGCGGUACCAAAGAAUGCGAGAAAAAAGCCGGCCAACCCGCCCGCUCGCGCUGCAGCCGAUGCCGAACGUGACGCUGAAAUCACAAACUCCUGUCCUGAUGACGGGUUCUUCGCUGAUGCUGAACAGUGUGACAAGUAUUACCAGUGCAGAGACGGCGAAAUAACUGAGAAACUCUGCCCUGACGGCAUGGUGUUCAACGAUUACAGCGCUGAUGAAGAGAAAUGUGAUUUGCCUUUCAACCUUGACUGUUCGCAACGACCCAAGCUACAGACACCUAUUCCGGCGCUUCAUUGCCCACGUCAAAACGGAUAUUUCUCACAUGAGGAUCCAAAGGAGUGUGGCAAGUUCUAUUAUUGUGUGGACGGCAAGUUCAAUAUGAUCACCUGCCCGGAUGGACUGGUGUACAAUGACAAGACUGGCAUCUGCACUUGGCCUGAUGAAGCUAAAAAGAAGGGAUGUGGAGCUGCUGAGGUAUUCCAAUUCGACUGUCCCGCCGUGAAUGAGACCUUCGGGCUGACGCACCCUCGUUACGCAGACCCAGAAGACUGCCAAUUCUUCUACGUGUGUAUCAAUGGUAACACUCCCCGACGCUCCGGCUGCAAGCUGGGACAGGCCUUCGACGACGUCCACAAAAGAUGCGAAUGGGCUCGGAAAGUUCCAGAAUGCGCUGAUUGGUACAAGGGUCAACUCACUGAUGCCGAACUCGAUGCGUUGGAGAACCCACCCACAGUAAAACCUAAACCUUUAGGAUCUCAGCCGUCCCGCCGUAAGCCACAACGCCCUGGUAAGGGCAAGGCAGUGCACAUCGAAGAUGACGAGUAAUAUUUAUGUAUAUAGUUAGGUUAAUAAAUAAAU